UACAGUUAAACUAAGCUAGGAGCAUGUCCUUCUUAGUCAAGCCUAGCAACUGUCACCACUUAUCUCUAACUGCCAUGGCAAUGUCCUCAAGCUUCUGCCCUCAUAUUCCUAACUACUUGAGAAGUAAACCCAUUUGCUCAUUCUCUACCAAACCUCUCUCUCUUUCUGUCAAGGCUUUCUCUUCUCAGUCAUCCAAUGCUUCAUCCACAGAUGAAUUGCCAGCACGUGUGGGUUUCCUUGGCCUUGGAAUCAUGGGUUCUCCAAUGGCACUGAACCUCAUAAAAUCUGGGUGUGAUGUGACUGUUUGGAAUAGGACGAAGAGCAAAUGUGAUCCACUCAUCAGCUUAGGUGCAAAAUAUAAGCCCUCUCCUGCGGAAGUAGCUGCAUCUUGUGAUGUCACAUUUGCCAUGCUUGCCGACCCUGAAAGUGCUGUUGAUGUUGCCCUAGGGAAGGAUGGAGCUGCUAGUGGAAUGAGUUCAGGAAAAGGGUAUGUGGAUGUUUCAACCGUUGAUGUUGAAACUUCUAAACUGAUUAGUGGUCAUGUCAAAGCUGCUGGGGCAUUAUUUCUGGAGGCUCCAGUUUCAGGCUCAAAGAAACCAGCAGAAGAUGGGCAACUAAUAUUUCUUACUGCAGGUGACAAAUCCUUGUAUGAAAUAGCAGCACCGCUUUUGGACGUCAUGGGGAAGUCAAGAUUUUACCUUGGAGAGGUUGGAAAUGGUGCUGCCAUGAAACUUGUUGUCAACAUGAUCAUGGGAAGUAUGAUGGCUUCAUUUUCAGAAGGGUUGGUUCUCACUGAGAAAAUAGGACUGGACCCAAAAGUACUAGUUGAGGUGAUCUCACAGGGUGCCAUUAGCUCACCAAUGUACGCACUCAAAGGCCCAUCAAUGAUUCAAUCUCUCUACCCUACCGCGUUCCCCUUGAAGCACCAACAAAAGGACAUGAGGCUUGCUCUCGGAUUAGCAGAAUCUGUUUCCCAAUCUACGCCACUUGCAGCAGCUGCAAAUGAACUGUACAAGGUAGCAAAGUCACAUGGACUCAGCGACGAGGACUUCUCAGCAGUCAUUGAAGCAUUGAAACCGAAGUUGAAGCACUAGGCAAUGUAGAUGGUAGACAAUUAUUCAAAAAUAAACUGAUGAACAAAUGGACGAUUUGAUUGGAACUUGAGUUGAAAGCAGUCAUUAUCUUACUUUGUUCUGAUAAAUCAAUUUCAGUGAAUUUUU